AUGGCGGAUCUGGACGAUCGAAUGGGACAGCAAAUCUUGGCUCACACGCUGCAUGGUCGGCAACUGCCGCCGGGUCUGCGUUCCCAGUGUAUGUACAUGCUGAUCCUGGGAGUGGCGGCAACGAGUCUCCUGGCGCUCGGUUUCUUGAGCCACACGAUCGUAUGCCUCGUGUCAACCUUUUCUCGCCGUCCAGUCUCUCCCACUAAAGAUGCGGCUGCAGAGACUUCGGGCCUGAGGAUGGAGCAAGCGAGAGAAAUGCGGCCAGUGCCAGGCGACACAGAGAAGGCCAACGUCGGAGGCGCCUCAACGAAGGCGACUGGGGAGGGGAAGGGAACAGAAGAUUCGAGAGCUGUUCAGAAACCCGUCGCAGUGGCAAACUCCUCCGGCGAGACACCUGACCAGAAAAGAUCAACAUGUGACCGAGGCCAACAGACUGAGGAAAUCCUGGGCCUUUGGCUGAAAGCGGUCCCCCGAGAGCGUGGGGACGCCCUCCCGAGAAAUGAGGAGUUUCUCCGCAUUGGACCUCCCAGGGACGGCAACGUCAGAACGUGCACCUCUAUGAGAGAACCUGGUCGAGACGCGGGAUCUCGAGAGCCCGAGACUUUUUACAUCGGAGAUGAUGAGGGCGAUUCAGGACUGGUGAGCAGCGCAAGUUCGUCGAGUGAUGAUCUCCUCUUGUUGGCAAGCGCCUCUGGCGAGCGAAACAGUCUCGUGUGGUGA